GGCCAUAAAGCUGUGAGGCCCGGGCCAAUCGCAGGCUGCAUUCUAAUGGGGCCUAUCUUUAUCAAGGUGCCACUCCGUAUCCAGAUACUAUUUAUUUAUCACCUCUGAGGAGAGAGCCGGCACGAGGCACUUUGUGUCUUUACGCUAAAAAAUCGGGGGACCGCCGGGCUCGACUGAGGCGCCAGAUAUGGAAUUAUCGCAGCUCGCACCGUGGCUGAGAAGAGGCGAAGGGCCAGAGUGAAGAGUGUAUUUGCUUUUUCUCCCCCCCAUGCGGUAGCAACUUGAGCAAACACCGGGGACUUUGUCAAAUGUCUGUUAGUGUUUUUGAAUAUUUGAAUAUCUGGGGACGGCGAGCGUGAUCCCAGGUCCGAGGCGUCCGGCCGUGGGUGAGAGAACUCCUCGUGGCCAAUCCAGAGGUCCUUUUCCUGCCUGGAUCUUAUUGGGUGUGUUACUGGGACCUGGAGGCAGAGUAACGGUGCUUCCCAUGGAUCCAAACAUCCAGGGGCCUUUUCUGUUCAACAACAGCCUGAGCCAAUUCCCCUCGGAGCUCAAGGCCCCGGUGUGCCAGUACUCAGUGCCCAACUCCUUCUACAAGCUCAACCCGGGCCUGAACAGCCAUCUGCAGGCGGGGACGCCGCACGGCAUCAGCGACAUCCUGAGUCGCUCCAUGAUGGGGAUGGGCUCCACGGGCACCACCACCACCACCACCCUGCUGUCCGGGUACUCCGCCGUGGGGGGCUUCAGCCCGUCCGUCACCAGCACGUCCAUGUACUAUAACCGAGAAUACAACCCGUCCCUGGGCGGCUUUUCCAAGCCCGGCGCCGAGUGCCCCAUGAAGGGUCGCAGCGCGAGCUGCUGGCCGGAGAGCGGCUGCGACUGGAGGGGAGGGAGGCAGCAGUGCGCCAACAGUGUUGGUCCUCUGGGAGAGAUGACAGGAAGGAAGAAACACACCAGACCGACAUUUAGUGGACAUCAGAUAUUUGCUCUGGAGAAAACCUUCGAGCAGACAAAGUACUUGGCCGGGCCCGAGAGAGCGAGACUGGCUUAUUCUCUGGGCAUGAGCGAAUCCCAGGUCAAGGUGUGGUUCCAGAACCGGCGCACCAAGUGGAGGAAGAAGAGCGCGUCGGAGCCGAGCUCCACGCAGGCCGGCCUCGCGGGGCCGGGGGGCGGCGAGGCCUCGGAGAACGAGGUGGAGGACGAGGAGUACAACAGACCUCUGGACCCCGACUCGGACGACGAUAAGAUCCGGCUGCUGCUGCGCAAACACCGCAGGGCUUUCUCCGUCCUGCGCCUCGGGCCUCACGUCUGACCGACUUCCGGGAAGCGGUGGUGUCAUCCGGCAGACGAGCGUCACGCGUUGCAGUAGAUAAUACGGGCUGAUAGGGUGAAGCUGGAAAGACGUUUACUUUUAUAUGUUACUGUAUCUCUGGCCUGUUCGAUGUUGCACUGUUCAGUGUGUGUGUGUGUGUGUGUGCGGGAGUGUGAUGUUGCCUACUCACCAUUUUGAAAAAAUGGAUGAAAAUUACAUAAAAACUGCAUGAUGCCAUCGGUAAUGUUACUACUAAUAAAAAAAAAGAUUAAUCUGA